UUGGGACAAUGAGGCACUUUGCUGUCCUUUGUAUUUGCCUGCCUCUCUUCAUUGUUCAGGCGACCUUCGGAUUGUCCAUGCUGGCUCUGCUGGCCUUCCUGAUUCAGACUACUUCCACAAACAUAACUGUUUCAAAUACAAAUACAUCUCAGACCAGUGCACCAACAAUUGUGGUUAAUUCAACUUCAUCACCAAGUUCAGCUCAAUCUAACACAUCUACACUGACUCAACCGACUUCGAACACAAUCAAUGGGUCCCAAACCACAACGACGACUUCAGACAAGGACUCCACCACCAUAGUAACAGCCCAAACCUCUACAUGGACGACUCCAUCAUCCAGCUAUUCAGUGAAAGCUUCCUUCGUCAGCUAUACUCUACCAGCCCUCCUUUACAAGCUGUUAAAAUGA